UUUUUUGUUUCUUGUUUUUUGUUAAACACUGAAAGCCGAAAGCAAAAUUAAGGGUUUAUAUAAACCCAAGACUCUUGUGUACAAAAACCCUCUUUAAACCCAAAAUCCAUUUUCCACUCUCUCUCUCUCUCUGCAAAUAUGGCGACCAAGGGUCCUUCACUCUUCACCGAUAUUGGCAAGAAAGCCAAAGACUUGCUCAACAAGGACUAUGGCUCUGACCUGAAAUUCACUAUCUCCUCCAAAAGUGACCCAGGACUGGCCCUUCGUUCAACUGUGGCAAAGAAGGGAAGUCUCUCUUCUGGUGACAUAGGAGCGCGAUACAAACAUAAGAAUGCUGCACUUGAUGUCAAAGUUGAUACAGCAUCAAAUCAGGUCUCAACAACCUUCACUGUGACAGAUAUCCUUCCAUCCACAAAAACUAUUGCUUCAUUAAAAUUUCCUGAUUACAAGUCUGGCAAGUUAGAGGUUCAGUAUCUUAAUGAACAUGCGACUUUCACUACAGCUGUUCGUUUCAACCAGUCCCCUUCUGUAGAUUUUUCGGCUACCUUUGGUACCCCCAGCAUUGCCUUCGGAGCUGAAGCUAGGUACUUGACAGCUUCUGGCAACUUUGCAAAGUAUAAUGCUGGUGUGAGCUUGGCAAAGCCAGAUUCCACAGCUUCAGUUAUCUUGGCGGACAAAGGAGAUUCAUUAAGGGUGUCAUACUUGCACCAUCUAAAAAAGCUAAAUGGAGGAGCUGUAGUGGGAGAGGUUAGUAGAAGGUUCUCCUCUAAUGAGAACACUUUAACAGUUGGAUGUUCGUAUGUGGUUGAUCAUCACACGGUAGUGAAGACAAAGCUCAACAACCAUGGCAAUCUUGGGGCUCUUUUACGACACAAGCUUACACACAAGUCCUCCCUAACAAUUUCUGGUGCAUUUGACACCAAAGCCUUAGAGAAAAACCCCAAGUUUGGGUUGGCACUCUCUCUGAAGCCUUGAACUGAUAUAUUGAUUUGAGAUAGGGGAAUUGCAAUUUGAUUAGUUUCGUACAGUUAUGAUUUGUUGAUGUGGUUCAGAAUGAAAAGAUUGAACUACUAGUGUUAUAGAUAUUUUUGUUUUCUUGAUGGCUCAAUUAGAUGCUUGAGUCACAAUUUUCAUA